CCAGCAAUUUCCUAAUAAAACUUCACACUAAUGAACCUGACAGAGUUGGUGCUCACACCAAAUACUGACUGGCUUUAGGUUUUCACCGAAAACUACAAUUUAAAGUUGUUGUUUGUUUUACUUUUUUAUGGAUAUUAAAAAUAUAAUAUGCUUCGGAAGUUGUUUGUAAGUUGUCCACAGGCGAGUGUACGAGCUUACACAAGCACACACAAGCUAGAAUGUUAUAUGGUGAAGAAAUGGUUAUCAGAGAAAUCUGUCUUUGUGCUCCUCCUCUUUCUCUCUCACAUACACACAAAGUCAGGACAUGACUCCUCAUUUCAGAGAAGACGAAACUCAAAGUUCAGUGCAACCUCUCUCCUCUCUCUCUCUCUCUCUCUGUCAGUGUGUAAGUUCAGGAAAAUGGCCGAGGCCAGUAUUUCAGUAGAUCAGCUUUCACUGGAUCAGUUCAGCUGUCCAGUGUGUCUGGAUCUCCUGAAGGAUCCAGUGACGAUCCACUGUGGUCACAGUUUCUGUAAGGUGUGUAUUAAUGACUGCUGGGAUCAGGAAGAUAAGAGCGGAGUGUAUUGCUGUCCUCAGUGCAGAGACACUUUCACUCCGAGGCCUGUUCUACACAGAAACAACAUGCUGGCUGAAGUGGUGGAGAAACUGAAGAAGACUGAAGUCCAAGCUGCUUCUCCUGCUCACUGUUACGCUGGACCUGGAGAUGUGGAGUGUGAUUUCUGCACCGGGAGAAAACACAAAGCCGUCAAGUCCUGUCUGAUGUGUCUGGCCUCAUUUUGUGAAACUCAUCUGAAACCUCACGAUGAAGUUCCUGCUUUGAAAAAGCACAAGUUAGUCGAAGCUUCUGGAAAUCUAGAAGAGAAGAUCUGCUCUGAGCAUGAUAAAGUGCUGGAGAUCUACUGUCGUACUGACCAAAGCUUCAUCUGUUAUCUGUGUAUGACGGAUGAACACAAAAGCCACGACACCGUCUCAGUUAAAGCGUACAGAACUGAAAAACAGAGAGAGUUAAAGGAGGAGCAGAUGAAAUCCCAGCAGAGAAUCCAGGAGAAGCAGAAGAAGGUGCAGGAGCUGAAACAGACUGUGAACACUAUAAAGCUCGGUGCACAGACAGCAGUGGAGGACAGUGAGAGGAUCUUUACUGAGAUGAUCGGCUCCAUGGAGAAAAGGCGCUCGGAGGUGAAGGAGUUGAUCAGAGCUCAGGAGAAGGCUGAACUGAGUCGACCUGAACGACUCCUGGAGCAACUGGAGCAGGAGAUCGCUGAUCUUCAGAGGAGAGUCACUGAGCUGGAGCAGCUUUCACACACAGAUGAUCACCUCCACUUCCUCCAGGAAAUAAAGGUUUUAGUCUCCGGCCGUCGCUCUCCCGAAUCUAUUAGACCAGAUUUUCAGCCUGAUCUCCGUGAGGACUCAUGCAGCAUCACUGUCAGUCAACAUCUCUCAUUUGAUGGAGUGAGGAAAUCUCUCUCUGCUCUGAAAAAGAGGCUCAAGGAAUUCUGCCAGGAGGAAUUCACCAAAAUCCCUCAACAUGUUGAAGACGUUCAGAUUUUACUCUCAGAGUCAAAGAGCAGAGACGAGUUUCUGAAAUAUUUCUGUGAUCUGACUCUGGAUCCCAACACAGUAAAUUAUAACCUCAUUCUGUCUGAGAGGAACAGAGCGGUGACGGGCAGUAAGAGAAAUCAGCAGUACUCUGAUCAUCCAGAGAGAUUUGACUCCUACUGUCAGGUGUUGAGUAAGGAGAGUGUGUGUGGACGCUGUUACUGGGAGGUGGAGUGGAACAGUGCUGGUGUGUACAUAUCAGUCUCAUAUAAAGACAUCAGCAGGAAAGGAUGGGGUAAUGAGUGUUGGUUUGGACGCAACAAUCAGUCCUGGAGUCUGUGGUGUUCUUCUUCUUCUUCUCUCAUUUUCUGGCACAAUAACAUUAAGACUGAUCUCGGAGUUCCAUCAUCCUCCAGAAUAGGAGUGUAUGUGGAUCACAGUGCAGGAACUCUGUCCUUCUACAGCGUCUCUGACACGAUGAAGCUCCUCCACAGAGUCCACACCACAUUCACUCAGCCUCUAUACGCUGGAUUCUGGCUCAACUGGAAUUUCUUCUCUAAAUCAGGAACAACUGUGAGGUUGUGUGAUCCAAGAAAAUAAUGAUUUGAAGUGUUUUAUGGUCAGUAAUUUGUCAGUAAAAAAAACUCUGUGCACAUUUCCUCAUUGAUCCCCAACUGUGAAAUAAAUGUUAAUAUUAAAUCAGUAAAAACACUAAAGAUUAAAACGCUGCAUUUCGACUCGGCCUAGGAUCAUCAGUUACACAUAUAAAGGAAAUGAAAGUGUAAGAUCUGAUGUAUUCCCAAUGACGUAUAAAAGUUCUACUGAUUUCUGAAAUUAGUGAAGCGAAAUGCCUAAACUCUCUAUAAAGUCUGUAUUUACUGGGUUUUAUGUCUGGGAAUAUAAUAAUUUGUAAUAUGGUAAUAAUGUUUUGGUUAAACUUUUUACAGACUCUAAUAACCGCUUAAUAAAUGUGUAUGUACAGCUCAGAAAUAUUCAUUACUAAUAACCUGUUUUAGUCCUAAGAGAAAUUUGGGUUGUUGUCACGUGACCUGUGAACUUAUCUGUCAACCAUUUUGAUUCCCUACAUGCCUCUGUUCAAAGAGCGCCACCUUGUGUAGAGUUUAAACAGUAAAUAUGCCAAUCUGUGGUGUAUAUAGAUGUUCCCAUCGACCAGGUGGACUAAACAAGUUCAGAUUCUUCAUGCUUGUGAAAGUUAUUACGAAUCAGAGCUCUGAGACUUGGAUAUGAUCUGAUGUACAGCUUAAUUAGACAAAUUUAAUGAAAAAACAAAAAGACAAACAGCAAAGAUCUUCCAGAAGAGAUCUCAACACCCAUCUUACUGCUAAAGUUCAUGCAGGUAAAGUGUCACCUGGGGGUGAAUGAGUGUAAUGCAGGUCAUUUUUAUAAGUAUUUCGCUUGUGCUUUAUCAAAUUGGAGAGAAUUUUUAAAGGAAAUUAAAUGAAAUAUUUUGAACGACACGAGCAGUGCAUUAGGUAUUUAGCUAGGGAAUCAAAAUGGCCACCUACUUACAGGUUGCAUUAUGGGUACCUGUUGUUGUAGGAGAUUUAGAUCUCAGAUAUAUGUAGCCUCAGCCCUGCCGUUAUUUCCUGCUUAAUGUAAAAUACAAGCUGAUGUAUCAUGUUAUGUGAUGUUAUGUGAUGUUAUUUGUAAAUGAUUAAAACUGUAUUAUGAUUAAA